AUGAAAAAUGAAUGCAUCACAUUGUCAGCAGCUGCCACAAUUACAUAUAUUCUAUGGCGAUUAUAUAAGCGAUCAAACAGAAAAUCUUGCGCAUAUGAUCCGUCUCUUUUACCUCCUUUAAUAAAAGGUGGGUUCCCCUUUUUGGGUAACCUAUUAGCUCUUCAAGAAAAUCCUGGACAAUACCUCGACAAAGUUAGAGAUUCGGCUGGACCUUGUUUCAGACUAAAGAUUCCUGGCCAAGGCAAUUUAGUUGUGGUGACGGGUCCCUUGAUUGGAGAAGUCAUGAAGUCAUCAAAGAAUUUCAAUUUCAAUCGCGGUAUUGAAGUAUUAAUACCGUCUGCAAAGGUUGUAAAAGCAUCUUACCAGCAUAAGUUCGUUGUCGAACAGAUCGGGCCAAGAGAAAAACAUCCAAUCAUAUACCCUAUUCGACACAAUUUCAGAGAAAACCAAAUCGAUGUCUUUUCAGAACGGAUUCAGAGUUCAUUGAAGAAAGCUCUCGAUAAGGAGCUCACGUUACAACAAGGUGAACAAAAAUCCGUAAACAUCCUAAAUCUUUUGACCGUCAUUAUUUCCUAUAUUUCAUGCCCCUGUUUUGCUGGAAGUAAAGUCGGUAGUAAUGAAGAAUUAAUCGCCGGUAUGGCUACAUUUACACGAAAGAUCAUCAAAGCUGGUGUCUUCUUAAGCAUCUUACCUUUUGGUAUCGGUAGCUUUUUUGUACGAAAUUUUUUAUCUGUGGAGCAUGAAAUGGAUCUCAUCAUGAAACUAUUGGUUCCUGAAUUACAAAAAAUUAGAAGUGGUGAAGUAGGUGAUAAUUAUGAAGUAACUUUUGCUACUAUGGCUCUUAAUCUACCCAAAGAAGAUGGAGCCCUUAGAACCGUGGAAGAUGCUGCAUAUCACUUCAAUGGUAUCGCUUUAGCCAGUAUUCAUACUACUUCACAUUUCGCUUCGUUUGCAUUACAUGAGCUGGCAUGCCGUCCGUCACUUGUUGAAGACUUGAGAAAAGAGAUCGCAACCCUUGGAAAUGAUAAAACUCCUGAAUCAGUUGCCACACUUGACCUGAUGGACUCAUUUUUCAGGGAAGUGCUAAGAUGCAAUGUGGACUAUCUUGGUAUGCAUCAUCUUUCAUUACAGGACACCGUCAUGUCUUCAGGCCACAUCAUUCCAAAGGGUAGUCUUGUGGUUGGCGCUGUUGAGCAGGCUCACCGCGAUAACCGUUUAUUAUCAGUUGAUGAAGAUACUGGCGAAGUUUGUGUAGGGGCAUCUCCUUUGGAUGUCUUUGAUGGGUACCGUUUCCUCAAUAGAAAAAUGAAAUCCACCGCUAUUGGAUUAGAUCAUCUUGCAUUUGGUAUUGGACCUCAUGCUUGUCCUGGUAGAUAUUUUGCAGCAAACGAAAUCAAAUAUGUAAUUGCAGAGAUGCUUGUUCGCUAUAAUAUCAGAACUAAAUCUGGAAAACGAGCAAAAGACAAUGUUCUUCUAGGGAUGACUAGAUUUCCUCCCCUCGAACACUUGGUGUUUGAGGGUUUGUAA